CCGGGGAGGCGUGGCCACGCCACCGGCGGAAGUGGGGCCUUCCGCAAGGAGGAGGACCACCGCGGGGAGGAAGGGGGAAAGCGGGAAAACGGGCUGUCAUGUGAGGCCAGGCUGGCCGCGAGGACGCAGGAGAGCCACACGGAGCCGUACGCGUGCCCGCAAGGAAUGGUGGUCGCGGCACAGUGGCAACGGGGAGAGCGGGCGCAGAGUGGCACAGCCGUCCACGCAGACAGCAUCAUGGCAGAGCAGGUGGCCCUGAGCCGGACCCAGGUGUGCGGGAUCCUGCGGGAAGAGCUGUACCAGGGCGAUGCCUUCCACCAGGCUGACACGCACAUAUUCAUCAUCAUGGGCGCCUCGGGUGACCUGGCCAAGAAGAAGAUCUACCCAACCAUCUGGUGGCUCUUCCGGGACGGCCUGCUGCCUGAGAACACCUUCGUGGUGGGGUACGCCCGCUCCCGCCUCACAGUGGCCGACAUCUGCAAGCAGAGCGAGCCCUUCUUCAGAGCUGCCCCAGAGGAGAGGCCCAAGCUGGAAGAGUUCUUUGCUCGCAACUCCUAUGUCUCGGGCCAGUACGACGACCCAGCCUCCUACCAGCGCCUCAGCAGCCACAUGGACGCUCUGUACCAGGGCCCACGGGCCAACCACCUCUUCUACCUGGCCUUGCCCCCGACCGUUUAUGAGGCUGUCACCAAGCACAUCCACGAGGCCUGCAUGAGCCCCACGGGCUGGAACCGCAUCAUCGUGGAGAAGCCUUUCGGAAGGGACCUGCAGAGCUCCGACCAGCUGUCUGACCACAUCGCCUCCCUGUUUCGUGAGGACCAGAUCUACCGCAUCGACCACUACCUGGGCAAGGAGAUGGUGCAGAACCUCAUGGUGCUCCGCUUUGCCAACAGGAUCUUCGGCCCCAUCUGGAACCGGGACAACAUCGCUUGUGUGAUCCUCACCUUCAAGGAGCCCUUCGGCACGAAGGGCCGCGGGGGCUACUUUGAUGAGUUUGGGAUCAUCCGGGACGUCAUGCAGAACCACCUGCUGCAGAUGCUGUGUCUGGUGGCCAUGGAGAAACCUGCCUCGACGGACUCUGACGAUGUCCGCAACGAGAAGGUCAAGGUUCUGAAGUGCAUCUCCGAGGUGGAGGCUGACAACGUGGUCCUGGGCCAGUACGUGGGCAACCCCAGCGGAGAGGGUGAGGCCACCAAAGGGUACCUGGAUGACCCCACAGUGCCACAUGGGUCCACCACGGCCACCUUCGCAGCUGUCGUCCUCUACGUGGAAAAUGAGCGCUGGGAUGGGGUGCCCUUCAUCCUGCGCUGCGGGAAAGCCCUGAACGAGCGCAAGGCCGAGGUGCGGCUGCAGUUCCGGGAUGUGGCCGGUGACAUCUUCCACGAGCAGUGCAAGCGCAACGAGCUGGUGAUCCGUGUCCAGCCCAAUGAGGCUGUGUACACCAAGAUGAUGACCAAGAAGCCGGGCAUGUUCUUCAACCCGGAGGAGUCCGAGCUGGACCUCACCUACGGCAACAGAUACAAGGACGUGAAGCUCCCGGAUGCCUAUGAGCGCCUCAUCCUGGACGUUUUCUGUGGGAGCCAGAUGCACUUCGUGCGCAGUGACGAACUUCGGGAGGCUUGGCGCAUCUUCACCCCUCUGCUGCACCAGAUCGAGCGGGAGAAAGUGCAGCCCAUCCCCUACAUCUACGGCAGUCGAGGCCCCCCCGAGGCAGACGAGCUGAUGAAGCGAGCGGGUUUCCAGUACGAGGGCACCUACAAGUGGGUAAACCCCCACAAGCUCUGAGCCCGGCCCCGCUCCUCUCCCCGUCCUCCCCGUGGCCGUGUCGGGAGGACUCUGGGACCACAGGCUUGGCACCGCCCUCGCCCUCGCCCCUCGCCGCCGCCGCAUUCCUCAAGCACCGCCCGCCGCAGGCCCUGUCUGAGCCACCCAUCUCCCCUGGGGCCUGAGCCACCUCCUCCCUGCACUCCAGCCCCAAGAAGGAAGGAGAAGCGCGCACUGGCCUAGGGCAGAGUUAGGGACAGUGGGGAGGCUGUGGGAAGCUCCUCAGAGGCGCCUCCAACAUUCCCGGUGCCAGCUGGACGAGACCUCGCCACCCCAGCUGGCCUGCCCCAGCCCUGCUGCCGACCACACUCCAAGACCACCCACCUCCCCAUCCGCCAUUAAACCUCCAGCAGCCAGCA